AUAGCAAAGAACAGUCUGACUGGGUAUCGUGCAACUACCGAAGUACCGACUACGUCAGGCGUUCGCGUAGUCGAAAACAGAUCGGCUAUCGUUGUUGAUCUCUCCCACUGCAAUAAUUGUAUAUAUUCGAAGGACUUUUUGUAUAAAAAACACAAAACAGGAUCAGUUUCAAGUAAAUAAAAUAGAAGUGUAAUAUUCAUUUUCGAAAAUGCAAGAUCCAAAUGAAGAUACCGAAUGGAAUGACAUUCUUAGGAGAAAAGGUAUUAUACCUGAGAAGAAAAAGGAACAGGAAAUUACUGAAGAUCAGAUAGUAAAUCUCUUGGAGAGUACGAUAGAUGAGAAAACAGGACAUGUUCCUAAUAGUUUAGAAGAAAAGACCUUGGACGAGUUAGAUGAGCUCGAGGAUGAAGAGGAUGAACGCGUUCUGGAGGAAUAUCGACGAAAAAGGAUAGCAGAGAUGAAGGAGCUAGCAAGCAAAUGUAAAUAUGGAGAGGUGCAAGAAAUAUCUGCAGAAGAUUACGUUAAAGAAGUUAAUAACGCCGGGGAGGACGUUUGGGUUGUUUUACACCUUUACAAGUCUGGGAUUCCACUCUGUACUCUAAUCAAUCAGCACCUUGCUAGUCUGGCGAAAAAGUUUCGUGCCACCAAGUUUUUGAAGAGCAUCUCUACCACUUGUAUCCCCAACUGGCCUGAUAGCAAUCUUCCUACAAUAUUCAUCUAUCACGAGGGAAAUAUGGUGAAACAAAUUAUUGGGCCGCUCGAAUUCCGUGGCAUGAAACUGUCCGAAGCAGAAUUAGAAUGGAUGUUGGGACAAGUAGAAGCGAUACCAACGAAGAUCAAGGAGGAUCCUCGCCCCAAAGUCAAUGAUGUCUUAUUUUCAAGGUUAAAAGAUGGAAACAAUUUUGAUGAUGGUAAUGAUUGGUAAUUUUAUCUACGUGACAUUAUUAAGAGAUUGGUGCAUAUAUAAUAAGUAUUAUCAGAUCAAUGUUUUAUAUUUAAUUUAUUUUAUUAUGUCAUAAGAGAAUUCAUUACUUGUAAAAAUACUGUUUUUAAAACUACCGAUCAUUUUAAUAAAAUAUUUUAUUACAAUGUUA